AUGAAGACGUCAUCCUUUCUGACACUGGCAACAGUGUCAGUUAUAUUUCUGAUUCUAUUGAGUGCUGAUGUUGAGGCAAAGAAGAAGGAUAAGAACUUGAAGGUGACCGUGGCUGAUGACGUUGCUCCCCCAGCUCCAGCAAAGAAAACAAAAAAGUCAGCAUCAAAAGAAGCUCCAGCACCACUGGCAAAAUCAGCUCCAUCCAAACAUAAGGAUGACGACAACUCGAUUGACGAUGUAGAUGAGGAUCGAAUUGAUGAAAUUCUCAGAGACGCUUCCAAAAAUUUAGUUAUUUUCUUGUACGACGGAAAGGUCCCAUGCCCAACUUGCACCGAAGCUUUGUCUGAAGUCGAAGAGAUCGACGAUGAUAUCGAAGCAACUGGAUAUGUUCAAGUGGUGAAAACGAACGAUAGAUCUGUUGCCAGAGAAUUGGGAAUCAAUGUAUUCCCAUCUUUGGUUUACUAUAGAAGAAAGAAUCCAAUUUUGUAUGAUGGAGAUUUCAAGGACUCUGAAACUCUUCUUCGUUGGCUCCGUGCUCACGAGGAAGUUGCCACGUGGGAUUUGACUGACGACACUUUCGAAUCCAGAACUGAUUCUCAUUCGCCAGAUGAGGGAUCCAUCGAUUGGUUUGUGAUGUUCUAUGAUGCUGACGAGGGAAACAGCAAUGCAUUUGUACCACUUUGGGAGACUGUUGCUCAUAAACUUCGUGGUCUUGUCAAUGUUGGAAAGAUUGAGAUUUCCGUGAAUGAUGAUGUAACCGAAAGAUUCCAUAUUGAAGAGAGAGAUUGCCCAGUUUUCUUACUGUUCCACCGUGGAAAGAUGUACCGUUACAAGGAGUCGGCUAAGGAUGUUAGAAGCUUGACCAACUUCGCUUUGCACAAAUACAAGGAGCAGAGAGGACACCGAGUUCCUGAACCGCCAACUGCCAUUGAACAAGUUUAUGAAUUCGCAAAGGAGAAAAUUAUGGAUGUUAUGGAUGACAAUCAAACACUUUCGGUUCUCGGUGUUGGUGGUCUGAUUGUCAUCGUCGCUGUGACUUUGAUCAUCAAAGCCUAUAGAAUUCGUGCUGAGAAUAAAAAUAAAGUCGCUUAA